AUGUCGCUGCCAGAGGUUGACAGCGCCAGUGCGAUUGAAUCACCUACCGCCCCCGCUCAGCCACUAUUAGACGUCCGCACUGCCACUGCUGCGAGUCUUCGCAUCGGCUCGAAAACGGCAACCUCACCACCCACGGUGCCCGAAGACAAGAUCUUCGCGGUUGCCCGAAAUCUCGACGCUGAAAGGAGCGCUGGCCAUGAUGCGUUUGACAUGACCGGCAUGGCUACGACCUGCGGCUCGUACUCCCUUGUGGACUCGGAGCCAGCAGAUAACUCUCAAGGCCGUGGCCAUGCUGACGUUUACCCCAUGUUCCUGUCGUAG